UUGUGCUUCCCUAAGACAAUAAUUCCUCCUCCUCCUCAUCUUUCUCCUCCAGACACGAGAAUUUAAUAUUUUCUUCCAAUUCUCCGGCUAGCUCCUAAAUUAUCUCUGUUCUGGAAGGAAAAUUGGAUAUCGAUGGCAACGGUUGAUGAUUCGAACAGCGAUCUAGCGAUCAUGAUCGACGAAACGUACGAGUUCUCUGCGCCUCGGUUCUUUGAUUUCGUCCAUGGCGAGUCCGAGGAGGAUAAGCGCGAAGCUGAACUCUGGUUUGAGACCGCUCUCACCUAUGCUCCUUCACCUUGUAUGCCAAAAAUCAAGACUAGAUCGGUUACGGUUGAGAACUUGUGCGAUUUCGACCAAGCCGAAGAAAUGGAGAAGAACUCAGAUCAAUCCGGUACAAAUUCUGUUGAUACCGUUGAACCAACCACAUCUCAAUCUGUAAUCGUGCCAAGUAAAACCAACAGAGAGUUAAAUCCUAACAAGCCCAGAGAAGAAAAGGAGUCUACCAAAAACGAAGUUACUGAAAAAGAUAACCUGAACAUGACUCGAACUUGUGAAGAUGGAAGAGUGACUUCUUCUAAUGAAGGAAUCGAACGGAAGAAGAGUGAUUUUGAUUCUCAAAAUCAAACCGAUGCUUGUACUCCCCUUCCAACUUUAAGUACUUAUAAGGGUGAAGUACGAACUAAAGUUGCCACUUCCAAGAAGCACGAGACAGCAAAAAAGAUUGCCGGUAUGGUAAAAAAUCCUUCGGCUCUGAAAGCCAGAAGUCAAUUGCAGUUAUCACAACCCCCCAAAAACGUUAAACCAAAUAGCGUGAAGAGGGAAAAUAACGUGAAAAACACAAGUGGAACUUCGUCUUUGGUUCAAGAGAAUCAGGCAAUUAAGCGGCAAAAGUUGGAUGGCGGUUUGUCUAGACAGAUUCUCAAUGUCAAACCCCAUACUUUGCCCCACAAGUCAAAAACGGGUCUUAAAGUUGGCGCCUCCAACUUGAGUUCUUCAGUUGCUGUUAAAACUAACAAAGAAGAACGGAAGAUUUAUGUUCGAGAACCAGCACCAUUUGUUUCGAUGGCUGAAAUGAUGAGGAAGUUCCAGUCAAGUACCAGAGAUUUAUCAUUGCCUCAUGUCAAUAGCUCUCAAUCUCAUGAUGGUGGUGCUUUUACCCAGACAAAGGCCAAACUGACGUUGACUAGGCCAAAGGUUCCUGAAUUUGAAACAGCUCAAAGAGUUCGCACAACCAAGGUGAAGAGUUCAGCUGAGCUCGAGGAGGAGAUGAUGGCUAAAAUACCAAAGUUCAAAGCUAGACCACUAAACAAAAAAAUCUUGGAAGCUCCCACAUUACCUGCAGUACAGAGGAGCACACCCCAGCCUCCUGAAUUCCAGGAAUUUCACCUUGAGACAAUGUCUAGAGCUAACCACCAUGCUGAUUCAGCUUCAGUAAUCUCUACAGAAUCGUCUCGUCAGAAUAAUCAAUGGAAACCUCAUCUUACCGAACCUAAGACCCCUGUUCUGAAAACAUCGCUAAGGGCUCGUCCACCGCGGGCGAAGAGUUUCCUUGAAAUUGAGCAGGAGGAAUUAGAGAAAAUUCCGAAGUUUAAAGCAAGGCCAUUUGAUAAGAAGAUACUUGAAAGUAAGGGAGAGUUGGGGGUGUUCUGUAACAUGAAAAAACAUGUAACUAAACCGCAAGAAUUCCAUUUUGCAACAAAUGAGAGGAUUCCACCACCAAGUGCUGUUGCUGAUCUCUUCGACAAGCUUUCAAUAAGUUCUGAAACUCGCGGCGUGAAUCCAAUUCCAAGAAACACCAAGCCCAGUCCCUUUCAUCUUUACACAGAGGAAAGGGGGGCAAAGAAAGAAAGAAAAUUCUUCGUGGAACUUGUGCACAAGCAAUGGGAAGAGGAAAGAGCCGCCAUUCCAAGGGCUAACCCAUAUCCUUAUACCACCGAUUAUCCUGUGAUUCCACCAAAACCAGAGCCCAAGCAGUGCACCAAACCGGAACCUUUCCAAUUAGAAAGUCUGGUGAGGCACGAGGAAGAAAUGCAGAGGGAAAUGGAAGAACGACAGAGAAAAGAGGAAGAAGAAGCCAGAAUGAGGAAUUUUAAGGCUCAGCCGGUCCUCAAAGAGGACCCAAUUCCAUUACCGGAGAAAUCACGGAAGCCCCUCACACAAGUUCAAGAAUUCAAUCUUCAUGUUGAUAAUCGAGCUGUGGAUAGAGCAGAGUUUGAUCAAAAGAUCAAGGAGAAAGAAGUGAUGUAUAAGAGAUACAGAGAAGAGAGUGACGCAGCAAGAAUGGUGGAGGAAGAAAAAGCAUUGAAACAACUGAGAAGAACAUUGGUUCACCAUGCUAAACCAGUGCCCAAAUUUGACCAUCCAUUUCACCCCCAAAAGUCUUUUAAGGAAACAACAAAGGCCAAGUCGCCAAACUUGCGAGUCCUUCAGAGAAGAAAGGAGAGGCAGAAUUUGAUUAAGGUUGCAAUGUCCAGCCCCGCAGCUCAAUUAAGGUGAUCUAUCCACCAUAAGAGUCAGAAGAAGGUUCCAAGACUAAUGUUCAAGAACUCUUGAACCCCCAGUUGACGAGAUCGAGAUUUAUUAUGAUGUGUACUAAUUUUCUAUUCUUUUUUCGUAGUAACGUGUAAAGAAUUAACUUUGGGAAAUUAGAGGUAGAGAGAUAUAUUCAAUCUUCCAUUUUCCUUGUCUGACGAAAAAUACAAGUAACAGGGACCAGAAACCUGAAGUUGGUGAAAUAUGGACGAAAUUCUUUUAUAAAUCAUCUGGGGGGGAGCCCAUUGUUUCUUUUUACAAAAAACCAUGUGCAGAUUUUUGUCAGCUAGCCGAAUCUGGUUAUAUGGAACACGUGACAUUGCAAUUAGAAAUUGAAUUAUAAUCAUCUCUCUCCAGUAUUAUUGAAC